CGACGUCGGAAGGCGGGGUUGAGGCCGUGCCACUGCCAUUGCCAGCACCACGACUUUUUUCCAAUCUGUGUGCGGGAUGCGGGGCAAAUAGGAGCUCUCUUGCUGUCACCUGGGAGUGGAAUUAACUUUGUAUUUACUUUCUCUCCUCUUCAUCUCCUCCUCUUCUCUCCAAUUGCAACAGAUACCCCCCUUGUCUUCUUCCUUCGACGCAGCUUCAAGACUCUUCCUGCCUCUUUCCCAUCAAAUAUCCAUCAGUCAUAGACAAAAAUGGCGACUCACAACAUUGUGGUGUUUGGCGGUGACCACUGCGGUCCUGAGGUUGUCGCCGAGGCUAUCAAGGUUCUCAAGACAAUUGAGACCAGCAGCCCCUCGGCUGGCAAGUUCAACCUCCAGGAGCACCUUCUCGGUGGUGCCUCCAUCGACGCAACCGGUUCCCCCCUGACCGACGAGGCCCUCGCUGCCGCCUCGGCCGCCGACGCAGUCCUCCUCGGCGCCAUCGGCGGUCCGAAAUGGGGCACCGGCGCCGUCCGCCCGGAGCAAGGUCUCCUCCGCCUCCGCAAGGAGAUGGGCACCUACGGCAACCUCCGGCCCUGCAGCUUCGCCUCCGAGGCGCUCGUCGACUUCUCCCCGCUCAAGGCUGAGGUCUGCCGCGGCACCGACAUGGUGAUCGUCCGCGAGUUGACCGGUGGCAUCUACUUUGGCGAGCGCAAGGAGGAUACCGGCGACGGCAAGGCGUGGGACUCGGAGCCGUACAGCCGCGAGGAGGUAGAGCGCAUCGGAAGACUGGCCGGAUUCCUGGCGAUUGCGCGCGGGGAGAAGACGGUGUGGAGUCUGGAUAAGGCGAACGUGUUGGCCACGAGCCGGCUGUGGCGCAAGGUCAUUACGGAGCUGUUUGAGAAGGAGUUCCCGCAGUUGAAGAUUGAGCACCAGCUCAUCGACUCGGCCGCCAUGUUGCUCGUCAAGAGCCCGCGGGCGCUGAACGGUGUCGUUGUCACGAGUAACCUGUUUGGCGACAUUAUCUCUGACGAGGCGAGCGUUAUCCCCGGUAGCAUUGGACUUUUGCCCAGUGCUAGUUUGAGCGGUAUUCCGGAUGGUAAGGGGAAGUGCAACGGCAUCUACGAGCCUAUUCACGGCUCCGCCCCCGAUAUCUCUGGCAAGGGCGUCGUCAACCCCAUCGGCACGAUCCUCUCCGUCGCCAUGAUGCUGCGCUACUCUCUCAACCUGCCCAAGGAGGCCCAGGCCGUCGAGGAUGCCGUCAAGGCCGUCAUUGACGGCGGUGUGCGGACAAAGGACCUCGGCGGUAACGCUGGCACCAAGGAGACUGGUGAUGCUAUCGUUGCUGAGCUGGCCAAGAUUCUCAAGGCAUAAGGGGGUGAGUGCACUUGGGUGGGUUGGUUACACAGUAGGAUCUGAGGGAUCCAAAUGAGAAUCCAAAAAACGUAAAAUUGGGAAAAGCAAGUGAAAAACAAGUUUCGUAGCUCGCUACUUGGAGAUAGAGUGCGAGUUGGAUCGAAAUGAGAGGAACAAAGCUUUGGUCAGAAUCUUUCCAAGGAAACGCUUAAUCUGUCCAUGUCCAAAUGAUGCAUGUUGCAGCGAUGUACUUGACUCUCCUCGCUGACAUCCCACCGGUGCGUCAAUCCGAACACAGCUUUAUUGUCCAGCUUUAUGUCUUCU